CAUGGCCAACUCGGGCUUGCAGCUGCUGGGCUUCGCCCUGGCCCUGCUGGGCUGGUUUGCCACCAUCGUGGCCACCUUCCUGCCCCAGUGGCAGGUGUCGUCGUACGCCACCGGCAGCAUCAUCACGGCCCAGGCCAUCUACCGCGGCCUCUGGAUGGACUGCGCGUGGCAGAGCACCGGGCAGAUCCAGUGCAAGGUCUACGACACCAUCCUGGGCCUCUCCCCCGCCCUACAAGCCACCCGGGCGCUGAUGGUGGUCUCCAUCGUUCUGGGGCUGAUCGCCAUGGGCAUUGCUGUCAUGGGGAUGAAGUGCACCCGCUGCGGGCCCGAGGACAGGGUGCAGAAGGCGCGCAUCGCCAUGACGGGAGGGAUCAUCUUUCUGGUGGCAGGUCUGGCCGCUCUCAUCGCCUGCUCCUGGAUAGCGAACCAGGUCGUCCGGGAUUUCUACGGCACAGGCAUGGCUGUAAACUCCAGGUAUGAAUUUGGGCCAGCCCUUUUCCUUGGCUGGGCCGGCUCCUUGCUAGCGCUGCUUGGGGGAGGCCUCCUCUCGUGCUCCUGCCCAGAAAAUGCGCGCCAGGGGUACAACAAUCGCGCAUACCCCGCCGGAAAACCCAUCUCCGGACCCCCCAGUAACAAGGAGUACGUGUAAUCUGGCCCGAAGCACCGGUUCCGUUCCGACACCCUCGCCUGGAAUGCCCCCAAGCCGGUCGCACCCAUCCUGGGGGUCCUGGACUCUCUGAAAUGACUUCAGCACCACUUCGGCACCAUCGGAGACGCUAUUAGCGUUCUUCAUUUCUUGCCGCCUUUUACAUGAUCCCGGUUUUUUUAAUCUUGUAAUUCUUCAGGCUGUCUUGUGUGCUUUUUUAUAAUGGGGGAAGCGUAUUUUACUCAGGAGAAAUUCGAUGAAUGAUUAACCGAUGUUUUGUCACACCCAAUGCAGCGCUUUCUGGACGGACAGAAAGGCGGCGGAUCUUAAUUUUCUGUCCCGUGUUCUUGAGUUUUAGCUGUUGCCCUCCUGGUGGAACUAAUCGCAGUUCACAUUGUGCUCCGCCGCAUAUAAAAUUGCGGCAGAUCCAAAACACGGGCCCCCGUGGCCCCAAAUAUUCAAGAGCGAGUCAUCCAUUACAGUGAGUGGAACUCCAAAUUCUGUAGUUGCGUUUCCUUGACUGUUUACUCAUUUACCCACGGUGGGGCAUUUUAUGGCGGUGGGGGGAGGAAUGCCAGAACUCCCCUCAGGGGCACAAAUUUGGGGUGAACAGACAUGAACGAGGCUAUGACAUGCUCAUUUGGGGGACAAGUCCGG